UCCGUAGAAUCAAACCAAUGUUAACUGAACCUAACACAAGUAGACUCAGUCAAUGCAAAAACAACUAGCUGCUACACCACCACCAAAGACCAAAUACAAGCUUUCUUUAAUUUUAGAGUUGACAGUUUACAUCCUAUAAACGAAAACACACACAAAAAGAUAUCAUCUAGCUCAUAAAAGAGGGAGGGAAAGAAUGAAAGAAAGGAGAAACAUGCUUCUUCAUAUUGUGAUCCUCUCUCUUUUUAGAAUUCCUUUUGCAAUGGCCUUAGGAACUCUUCAAGGUUCUAACACAAGUGCUAGCAAAGCCAAACUGUCCAACCCACUGUGGAAACAUGACAGUUCCUUACCCUUUUGGUAUCGGUAAAGACACGGGUUGCUCCCUUGACAACUCAUUCUACUUGAAUUGUACCAUCUCUGACGGUACUCCCAAGUUGUUCCUCCGUUCAAGCAGAAUACAAAUAUACAGCAUUUCAGAUUCUGAGCUCCGCGUAUACGCUUCGCCUGCUUUUAGGUGCUACAACCAGGAUGGAACUAUAUACAGUGAAUUUGAAUGGUGGACUGGGUUAAGUAGCUUCACUUUCUCUGACAAGAACAAGUUCACAGUACUUGGGUGUGAUGAUUAUUCUUUGAUCAGAGGGACAAAGGGUACAAACUUUUCUAGUGGCUGUUUGGGAGUAUGUGGCAGACCACAGGAUGUGCCUGAUGAUGGGCAGUGCUCAGGAUCAGGCUGUUGUCAGACAUCUAUACCCAAGGGCCUAAACUACUAUAAUGUUACACUUAACGCCUUUCAAAACCACACAGAUGUUUGGUCUUUCAACAAAUGUGGCUUGGCGUUUCUUGGUGAGGAAGGUAGUUUUAAGUUUCGUGGCGCCAAUGAUUUAUCUAAUGCCACGGAUGUAUGGGAGAGGAUACAGGCCACUGUCCCUGUUGUGGUAGAUUGGGCAAUUGCACCGGACACUCGGGGUUGCUCUGAGUCUGCGGAAUGCAAAGGAAACAGUUCCUGCUAUGAGGUAGACACCGGUGGAUAUCGUUGUAGAUGCAACCAUGGAUAUGAGGGUAACCCCUAUCUUGAUCCUGGCUGCCAAGACAUCAACGAGUGUGAGAAUCUACAAACCAACCCUUGCUAUGGUGAUUGUUUGAAUACUCCAGGGAGUUAUAAUUGUACUUGUCCGCUAGGAUCUUUUGGUGAUGCAACAAUAAAAAAUGGGUGUCAACGCCCUAUCCAUUCAAAAUUCUCUUCAACCAUAUUCAUUAUAGCAAUGGUGUUUGGUAUAAUAACAAUACUAUCUAGUAUAUUGGGGAUUUUCUAUGGUAUAAAGAGGAAGAAGCUAAUGAAGCUUCGAGAAAAGUUUUUUGAGCAAAAUGGGGGUGUGUUGUUACAACAAAAGAUCAAUUCACAAGGGUCUCAUGUGGCGAUGACUUUGUUUAGUGUUGCACAACUCCGGAGAGCCACUGGUAAUUAUUCUCAAGAGAAUAUUAUUGGCCGAGGUGGUUAUGGCGUUGUGUACAAGGGAGUUUUGUCUAACAAACGUGUAGUUGCAAUAAAGAAGUCUAAAGUAGUGGAUGGAAACCAAGCAGAGCAGUUUAUAAAUGAAGUCUUGAUUCUUACACAAGUCAUCCAUCGGAAUGUUGUAAAUCUUUUGGGGUGUUGCUUGGAAGAGGAAGUCCCUGUAUUAGUUUAUGAAUUCAUCUCUAAUAACACUCUUUUCCAUCACAUUCACUCUAGAGUGGGCGGAAUGAGUUGGUUAUCAUGGGAAAAUCGAUUGCGAGUAGCUGUUGAAGCUGCUAGUGCACUUGCAUAUCUUCAUUCUGAAACUAUUAUGCCAAUCAUACACAGAGAUGUUAAAUCUGCCAACAUAUUACUUGAUGAUAACUACACUGCAAAAAUUUCAGAUUUUGGUGCAUCAAGGUUAGUCCCAUUGGAUCACGAACAAGUAACUACUCUUAUUCAAGGCACACUAGGGUAUUUAGACCCCGAGUAUUUUAACACAAGCCAACUAACAUAGAAGAGUGACGUGUAUAGCUUUGGAGUGGUCCUUGCAGAACUCAUAACUGGGAAAAUACCAAUUGGUGUUGAUAGAUCAAAUGUUGAAAAGAAUUUAGCAACAUAUUUUGUCAAUUCAGUUACAAAUAACCACUUAUAUGAAAUUGUUGAACCUCGCAUAUUACGUGAAGGGACUCUUGAUCAGAUACAAGCUGUAGGUAAUCUGGUAAAAAGUUGCCUUAAUCCACAAGGUCAAGAUAGACCUACAAUGAAAGAGGUCGUAGUCGAACUAGACAACUUACGCAAAUUCACAACUCAUCCUUGGACUCAGCAACAAACAUUUCAAGAGACUAAAAGCUUAGUCCUAGAAGUUGAGCAAUCAGAUCUUUAUGAGGUCCCGUUAAUUUCGUAUGGGACUACUGAUGCAGAAUCUCACUUAAGCAGCACAUACAUGAUGUUUGAGGAAAACAAACCACGUUGAACUUUUGGUGGUUCUCAUAGUGUCAAUUUGUGAGCAUCAAGGUCGCCAUAUAUGGUUAGCUAGAUUAUAUUUGCUGUAUUUAAUGUAUUCUAUUGUUGUACUUCCUUGUAAUAAUUUGUAAAGUUUUCUAUUCAUCUUUUUCUUUGUCAAAUUAAACAAUUGUUAUCCAUUUUUCUUUUGCUA